ACAUAAUGUUACGUUUCCAAAGUUAUAUAGAAUUUUCAAUGAUGCUGUAGGCCACACAACUGUAAAAUUUAAGGUGUUUUCCACUGACGAUGUUUGGCAUCCAAGCCAUAACGAAAGACCAUUAGAAAUAUUCAAAAUGAAUAAAGGUGAACAAGUACUACCACCAGGAUUUCCCGCACUUGUUGAUCAACAACUCGAUCAUGACUUUGUGAAAGACCUGAAGAGAUCGAUUGAGAGAGACUACAAGUUGGCCAAUUUCUCCGAAGAAAGAGUGAAUUGGUGGAAGGAAUUCAUGGAUCAGCCAAUUAUUCCACCAAGUGAACAAGAAGCAGAAUGGCCAUUAAAUAAUCUUCAACAGUUUAGACCUGCUGAAAGUAAAGCAACGUUAGGUGAAAAGGAACAGCAACUUGUAGAUAAAUACUUAACGAAAAGGAAUGAGUUCAAAGAGGUUUAUACUAACCAAGUAGAACGUGGAGCUGCCAGAGGUACCCACCAGGACAGAAGGCGAUACUCUGUCGGGAAAAUGGUUUUGAUCAAAUUGACAGAGUUAAAUGCAAAGCUCGGGAAAGUUAUAAAACAAGAUGGCGAUAUAUUAACAGUGGAACAGUUCAAACAAGAUGGAAACAAAUGGAUUCCAACAGGAGAAAUUGAAAAUUAUGACAUUUUCAAUUGUUUUCCGGGGUCAUUUGAUCUGACGAAAAGUGGAAACCUACCACAAAGUGAAAAAGUCAGAUUAGAUUUGAAUGGAUUAAAAAUUUAAUCAAAUAUUGAAGAUGUUGUCGUUUAAAUAUUAUAGUUGUUUUAUAUGUAUUAUUAUUUAUUGAUAAUUUUGACAUUUGUUAGUUGGAUACAAAAAAAACCGGUACUUUAUCCCGGCCUUUUUAACCAAUAGCAGUAUAUAACAUUUUGGUUAAGUAGGUAUUAGUUAACUCAUUUCUGAAAUAUAUAAUUCCUAAAUUAUAAUAUAUCCAAAUAGUACAUAUAUCAAUAUAGAAUGAUCCGUAUAUUUGAAAUAGAAGAGAACGAAAUAAAUGAAUAAUUUCGCAGACAUUUGAAGUUAUGGCAGCAGCAAAACAUUCAUAACAUUGAUGUUGAUGUGAAUAAGAUAAAGAAAUGUAAAGUGAGACUUUAGGUACCCAAAGUAUAAUUGUAUUUUUAACUAACCAAAUAUUUUCAUAGUUAAAGGGACAAAUGGCGAUGCAAUUAAAGCGACAAUGUUUUAUGUUAUUGAGAUAAAACUAAUGCACGAAGAUAACAUUUGAGGAGUGCUUUGUAAUUUAUCAAGAAAGUUGUUAAAUAGUGCUGAGACCACAUAACAUCUAUAAAAUAGUACUUAAAGUAAGAAAAAGUGGUAAUUUAAGGUAGCACUACAGGCAGACCUUUCUGACUCCAUUCAGCAGUCUUUUAAAGAUAAAUUUCUCAUAAAUUACAGAAUGGAUUUUUAUAAUCUUUAUCACACUUUAAAGCAGCUGAACUUUCUUAAUCUAAUGUUUUUUUUGGUAGGAUCAAUUUAAAAAUAUAGCCCAUGAACUGCCAAAUAACGGCGCUCCCAACUUGGAAAGCAUAUUUCAUAUCGUAGUAAAAAUCUAUUUUUAUCCCUUUGAUUGACCAAGCUACAAAAUUGUGUCUCAGAUUGUUUAUAUAUGACUGCAAUUAGAAGAUAUAUUGAUUCAACUGUUGGGUACCACACCUCAUUUCACCUUUGUAAUCUUUGGAGAACUAUAAUUCAUUCAAAAACAAAGUACCCUAAAAAAGGGACACGGUUGUGUGGAAAAUAAUCCAUUUGAUCACAUAUAUCAAAACCAAACCAGAGGGGGCACCUAUAGAGGUUCUAUUUUUUAUUUUUUAAGGCAAUUCCCAUGAAAUGUUUUUUUGAAAAUCACUUAAAAACUGACGAUCCCCCUGUGAACCCCAUAAAUGCAACUUAAAUAUAAAGAUUCCUAGUGUUCUGACACCAUUAUUUUAUCAUUAAAACCACACAGUUUGUGUCUUUUGUACACUCAACUGUAAAUUUUACAUUAAAACAUGGAAACACAUGUUAAAAAAACAAAACACGUUGCGUGAUUGAGAUACUUAAUAGUUUUGACCAUAUCUUUAUUAUUUGACUUUAAACAAAGUCAAUUGUGAUGCUACUUCUCCCGCCAGUUCUAAUUACCACAUGAUGUGCAUUUACCAAAUGUGUUUAUAAUUUCUAUGAAGGAGCUCCCUGUCUAAUAUAUUAAUGAUGUGUCCCAAUGGUACAUAUGUGAAUUAUAUAGAUUUAACUGAGGUUCAAAUAGGAACAUCAUUUGAAGCUAUUAUAUACAUAAUUAAAUUUGAUGAACUCUCCCAGAUUAAGAUUGCAAACUGAGAUUCUAUCAUGUCAUUAUUGGAGGUCAAAAGCGUUGCAUAAGAAUAUAUGGAAUGUUAUGGGGUCAUAUGAAAAGUACAUAAUACAUGUACAACAUAGGAAAUAACAUAAUUAAAUUAUAAUAAAUUGCAUAAUAAUUAUAUAUUAAAAACGUUAAAUCAUUUGACAGAUGUGUACGUCUUUCUUCUUUCUAUAGCCGGGUUUCUUUUUAUUUUUGUGAAUUAUUGGAGAUAAAUGUAAUUUAAUACGCCAAUUUUAAGUUCACUUAUUGGAGAUGCACACAAACUUUCUAGUUGCAACAUCCUGUAUCAUUACAACCAUUAUGCUUGUAGAAGAGAACUUAGUUCACA